GCCUCAGGCCGCGCGCCUCGGGUUCCGGGCUGUUGGCGGUGCGGCAAUCGUGUAUGCCUGUAUCUGUUGCGGGCGCCGAAGGGGAGCUCCUCCGCGUUGGCCGCUGCCAUGGCGAAAAAAGGCGGCGGUUGCGGGAGGGGGUGAUUCGGCGGCGGGGCCCUGCUUCCUUUCUGGUCCCCUUUCGCCGCUUCCCUCUCUCCCGGCCGCCCGCCCAACCCCCCGAUGAGACUCUGCCUGGCCUGGCUGGGUUGCUACACCUUGUCUCUGUGGGUGCUGAGGAAGAGGAUGUGGGCUGGCCCUGCCAGGUACCUCCGGAGCCCUUUAUCCCGGUCUCUCUACUCGAACAUGAUGGGCAGCCACAGCCAGGCGGAGCCGGGCCUCAAGGAGAACCACCAGUGGUAUGUGUGCAAUACAGAGCAGCUGUGUGAAUCCCUUCAGCCUAUCUUUGUCCAGAGUUACCUUGACCAAGGGACACAGAUCUUUUUAAACAACAGCAUUGAGAAAUCGGGCUGGCUGUUUAUUCAGCUUUAUCAUUCCUUCGUCUCCUCCGUUUUUAGCUUGUUUAUGUCUAGGACGUCCAUCAAUGGGUUGCUGGGAAGAGGUUCCAUGUUUGUAUUUUCUCCAGAGCAAUUUCAGAGAUUGCUUAAAAUAAACCCAGACUGGAAAUCCCGUCGGCUUCUUGAUUUAGGAGCUGGAGAUGGAGAGGUGACAAAAGUCAUGAGCCCUCAUUUUGAAGAAAUCUAUGCCACUGAGUUGUCUGAAACCAUGAUAUGGCAGCUGCAGAAAAAGAAAUACAGAGUGCUUGGCAUCAACGAAUGGCAGAACACAGGGUUCCAGUACGACGUCAUCAGCUGCUUGAAUCUGCUCGACCGCUGCGAUCAACCAUUGACCGUAUUAAAAGAUAUCAGAAGCGUACUGGAGCCGACGAGAGGCAGGGUCAUCCUGGCUCUAGUUCUUCCCUUUCAUCCAUAUGUGGAAAAUGUAGGUGGCAAAUGGGAAAAGCCUUCUGAAUUGUUGGAAAUCAAAGGAUAUACAUGGGAAGAACAAGUGAACAGCCUGCCAGAGGUUUUCAGGAAAGCCGGCUUUGCCAUAGAGGCUUUCACUAGACUGCCAUACUUGUGUGAAGGGGACAUGUACAAUGAUUUCUACGUCUUGGAUGAUGCCGUCUUCGUUCUCAAGCCCGUGUGAAUGUGUCUCCCAGGUCAAACCCAAGAAGCAGCCUGUGAAUUAAGCAUUUUUUAACUCUUUUUUCCCCUAUUAAUUACAAGAAGGGAGGAAGAAAUGAGAUUUUUCUUUUUGGUGAUUGUCAUUCUGAAUUGGAUUCAUGUAUGAAGAAAUCUAAAAGGUCAAAAUACUAAUUUCUUUGUAGUAUGUAACAGGGAAAAAAGGACUUUUAAAAAACAUUGAACUCUUGCAUUGAUGAUUUCUUAAUCCUCUUGAUGCACCUGCAAUCCAACAAUAAAUCAAAGAUAUUUUUUAUACCUGAUGACGGUAGGACUCGCAGUCCAGCAGUAGCCAGGCUGCUGUGCAAAUGGAUAACAUUUCAGCUGUUGUUGUUUUUUUUUAAAAAAAGGACAUCAGAAGACAAUGCUGGCAAUAAAGCGGUCCAUUCAAUAUAAGGCAAAACUAGGUUGAUGAACAAGUGGUUGGAAUGGAUUUUUCUUCCAUGUUUAAUGACGUUAUUUUACCUGUCAGUCUUCAGCACAUGUUUUUAACCAUGCUAAUAAAAACUUUUUUUGAAAUGA